GUGAAGUAGGUGCCCCCUUCCCAGCCCUGACCAACCAAGCCGGGACCCAGCUUCCCUCACCCACACUUCUGGAUCCUGACGCCUCCUGAGUCUUCUUCUUGCCCGGUCCGAGCAGGGUCAUGGCCUUGAGAACAGGUGACCACAGUCAGGCUGCAACGAAUGGGCUGAAGGAGAAGGUGCUGACGCUGGACACCAUGAACCCGUGUGUCCGGAAGGUGGAGUACGCGGUACGAGGCCCAAUCGUGCUGCGCGCGCUGGAGCUGGAGCAGGAGCUGCGCCAGGGCGUAAAGAAGCCCUUCACUGAGGUCAUCCGAGCCAACAUCGGGGACGCACAGGCCAUGGGGCAGACGCCUAUCACCUUCCUGCGCCAGGUCCUGGCGCUCUGCGUCCACCCUGAUCUCCUGAACAGCCCUCACUUCCCCGACGACGCCAAGAGGAGGGCGGAGCGCAUCCUGCAGGCAUGUGGGGGCCACAGCCUGGGGGCCUACAGCAUCAGCUCUGGCACCCAGCUGAUCCGCGAGGACGUGGCGCGGUACAUUGAGCGGCGCGAUGGAGGCAUUCCCGCCGACCCCAAUAACAUCUUCCUGUCCACGGGGGCCAGCGACGCCAUCGUGACGUUGCUGAAGUUGCUGGUGGCCGGCGAGGGUGGCACGCGCACGGGCGUGCUCAUCCCCAUCCCUCAGUAUCCACUCUACUCCGCCGCGCUGGCCGAGCUCAACGCGGUGCAGGUGGACUACUACCUGGACGAGGAGCGCGCCUGGGCGCUCGACGUGGCCGAGCUGCGGCGCGCGCUGCUCCAGGCGCGUGACCACUGCCGCCCCCGCGCGCUCUGCAUCAUCAACCCCGGCAACCCCACCGGUCAGGUGCAGACCCGCGAGUGCAUUGAGGCCGUGAUCCGCUUCGCCUUUGAGGAGGGGCUCUUCCUGUUGGCCGAUGAGGUGCUGGCCGGGGCCCCCGCAGGGAGGGGUCGGAGGGCGGCGGCGCGCGCCCCCGUGACGCACCCCGCUGUCGCCCGUCCGCCCGUCCAGGUGUACCAGGACAACGUGUACGCCGAGGGCUCGCAGUUCCACUCGUUCAAGAAGGUGCGGCUUCCGCGGCGGCUACGUGGAGGUGGUGAACAUGGACGCAGCGGUGCAGCAGCAGAUGCAGAAGCUGCGGAGCGUGCGCCUGUGCCCGCCCACGCCGGGCCAGGUCCUGCUAGACGUGGCGGUCAGCCCGCCCGCGCCCUCCGACCCCUCCUUCGCGCAGUUCCAGGCGGAGAGGCGGGCGGUGCUGGCCGAGCUGGCGGCCAAGGCCAAGCUCACGGAGCAGGUCUUCAACGAGGCUCCAGGCAUCCGCUGCAACCCGGUGCAGGGAGCCAUGUACUCCUUCCCGCGCGUGCAGCUGCCCCCGCGUGCGGUGCAGCGCGCUCAGGAGCUGGGCCUGGCUCCCGACAUGUUUUUUUGCCUGCGCCUCCUGGAGGAGACCGGCAUCUGCGUGGUGCCUGGCAGUGGCUUCGGGCAGCGGGAAGGCACCUACCACUUCCGGAUGACCAUUCUGCCCCCCAUGGAGAAGCUGCGGCCCUUGCUGGAAACGCUGAGCCAGUUCCACGCCAAGUUCACCCGCGAGUACUCCUGAGGACACCGCUGGGGGCCAGGCUGGACCGGCAGGGACGACCCCGGGCGGACAGUGCUCGGGUUCUUGGGGUCUCUGGAGCCCUCUGGACUUGCUCCUGCUGCCUGUGUGGCUGGGCCCCCCCUCUCUUCAGGCCCCUAAUAAAGCAGUGGGCUGGCUUGGCUGCUUGCAGGCUGUGUGCACACCUGUAUGCGCCCCCGCAGCCUUGUCCACUCCUGACUGCCUUUCUGUGUGGGGUUCUGUGCAGGCCUGGGGGCCCAGGAGGAGUGGUCAGGGAGGGCUUCCAGGGGAGGUGACCUUCUUACAGGAUGGAUUUGGCGGGAUGGGGUGAGCACUGGGAAGCGGAGUGACCGUGAGGACUCAAGGGGGCAGUCUUGGUUCCCGUAACUGGGCGCGGGCAGUGGUGCUGCCACUUUGGACAGCUGGAGGAGCGGUGGUGCCGGCCCAAGAGCAGGGAGGGGAGGAAGAGCAAACGGGUCUCGCUUUGUCGUGUUGUGUGUGACAUCCACGUGCAAAUGCAGUUCUUGGGCUGGGAAGCAGUGAGAGGGGAGGCCCCCUCCUGAGCUGGGGCACCCAAAGGCAAGUUCCGGGGAAGAGGGCACGGAAGAUGCCGAGGAAGAGGUGCCCUGUGGAGCUCUGGGCUGAAGGACCUGGGCUGGGGGCUGGCGGGCAGCCUUGUGUCCUUGACACUGGCGUGCGAGGACGUGCAUGCCAGACACUGUUGUGGAUCACUGCACAAAGGGCCCUCUCUGGUGGGCACUGUACUUCCCAUUUCAUAGAUGAGGAAACCUGGGCCCCCAAAAUGUGUGGAAAUGAAAGGAAGCUCACUCCCCGUGGCCUCAGCAGCUGACGGAACGUCUUGGCUCAAGUGUCUGCGAGUUGGUCUAGAUGCUGGCAGGCCUCAGCGACCCACGGGCUUAGGGAGAGUAUUGGCCAAGGCCCCAGCUCCACUCUGGAUGAGGUUCUUAACCAUAGUCCCUGCUUCACUAUCUCCCCUGGGCCUCCGGUGCCCCACACAGCAAGGCUCUAGACAGGAGAGGACGGGAGGCGCAGGUUUCUCGUCCCAAGGCCAGCUGGGGUCAGGCUGGGGCCGGCCUGGACUGGCUCUCCUGGCCUUGUCGCUAGACACUAGAGGGCGUUUCGGGCAGCAGCCGGGUGCCUCCUUGGGCUGAACGUGGGCUCAGGCCUUUCCCACGAACUUCCUGCCUUCCACGACGCUCU